AUUUAUUUCAAAUGGCAAAUCAUGCUGCUGAAGGACGGAAACCGUCUUUCGUCUCCAUUCCGAUAAUCGACUACUCACUCGCUCUGUCACCAACCACUAAGACCCUUUUUUUAGCACAGCUCAAAGAAGCCCUGGUGAUGGUAGGAUUUUUCUAUCUCAAAAACCCACCGAUCGCCGCAGAUGUGAAGGAAGCGUUUGUGGAGAAGGCAAUACAGUUAUGCAACCUACCUCUGGAGAAGAAGCUAGAGAUCGACAUGGUCAAUAGCAGGCAUUUCCUAGGGUACUCGCGACUAGGUGCGGAAAAGACCGCUCAGCAAAUGGACCAUCGAGAGUUGUUUCAUUUUCUAACACCCCUCCCGGCAGCGAGUCCUGAUGAACCAGUUUGGCGCAACGCUCAAGGACCAAAUCAGUGGCCAGAUGAAACGGCCGUUCCUGGUUUCCGCGAAUCGUUAGAACAAUAUCUCGAUAGUGUCAGCACCUUAGCAGAUGCAAUGAAGAUUCUGGUCGCUGAAGCCUUGGAUUUGCAUCCGAAUGCCUUCUUCAAAUUCUUCGAUGUCCCACCGCGCAAUAAGAUGUCUAUUGUGAAAUAUCCCUCCCCUCCGGUGGCAUCUGCUACGAAUAACAACAACACCUUUCAAGGCGUUGGAUCGCACAAAGACGGCGGGUUCCUCACCUAUCUCCUACAAGCAACACUGCAUGCGGGACUUGAAGCUCAAAACAAGGCUGGAGAUUGGGUUCCUGUGCCUCCAGUACCGAACACCUUGGUGAUGAAUGUUGGUCGCUCACUGGAAUAUAUGACUAGUAGGGUGUGUACAGCUACCACUCAUAGGGUGAACUUGCGGCCGGAGUGCUUUACAGAUUCGAACGGACGCUUUCUAGGCCCACGGUUUUCUAUUCCUGUCUUUCAGACUUUCAGAUUGGACCUGGCUCACGAUGACAUGCUAUUAGAGCUCCCGGGCCACAUCCUUGAUUUGGUCAAGGACCAGCAAGUCAAGUCAGAUGCGGAGGCAUUCUUCUCACAGUACCAUAAGGAGAACCCUGGAUAUGGCAUUUUCAAGGCUCUUUUGGCAAGUCACCCAGACGUGGGCCAGAGGUGGUACCCGGAUCUAUUGGCGGAAGUUCUGAAAGCGCAAAGGGAGUUUUCAGCUUGACACAACGAACAUUACCUUGGCACCUGACAAGCGGGGGAUUCUAAGCCAGAACCAUUCUAUUAUAUGUUGCAUAUUCUGUGUUGACAAAUAUUAUCCACAUCAUAUCCGAGG